AUGCUCUCAUGCCCACUGCCUUACCCCUUCCCUCCCCUCUGCUUCUCGAUACCAUUAGGCACUUCCUUUCCUUUGUGGGCGCCCAUCUCCGAUCUGGCCACUUGGUCCAGCACCUUUUCUACCACGCUGCCGGCCCCCACACAGGAAUAUGCUGGUCCGUUCACCCCCUUCUUCGCCCUCCCUCCCAACAGCGUUUCAGACCCCGCCCUCGUGCCCCUCUUUCGGCUCACCUUUUCCCCUCCCUCCCUUUGCACAGGCUUUCAACUCUGGCAUCGUGACGUGACCUCCAGCUACGCACGAGUCCCCACCGACUCGUACAACGGCUUUGCCAUGGUCUCCCCCUACCAUUGGUUCAACCAGUUUCCCUCCGCCUCGGGCUCUGACUUUCAAUUUCAGGCCACGCUGACGUCUGCCCCCGUCGACGUCACCUCAGUCUGCGAGAGCACCGCCAUCUACCUCGAGGCCGACACAUACUCGAGCGUCUGCUCCAACUGCCACAUGCGUGUGGAAUGGUACGACGAGACCCAGACCGUGGUCAAAUCAGACUAUUUUGUCUCCGCUUCCCGCAACGGAGGCAGCCGCAACGUGCAAGAGUUUUUCUUCGUGCCCACUGGGGCCACGUCCUUCCGUAUCAUCCUGCAAAGUGAAAGCUCCUCCUCUUCCGAUCGCAACUCUUAUCUGGCCAUUGACAACAUUGUCAUCCGUGCUGGGAUUCCCGACGACUCCCUCGACAUCUGCAGCCCCGCUGCUGCUGACCCCGAACUUGCCGUUUGGCGUGGUGGUGACGGUGAAUUUCACAACGCCAGCCAUUGGUGCUUUGGUCGCCUGCCCCGACAGCGCCGCACCCUCAUCAAUUGCACCGGCCUGGAACAGUGCUUGGUGCGCGUCGACCACGCAGAGCUCGUCAGUGAGCUCCAAGCCACCGAUAGCGUCGUCCUGACUCUGUUUGCCGAGCUCCGCACCUAUCGGCCCUCGACUGUGGGUACCCUCCUGUUGCAAGCAAGCAACCCCCGCUUUUUCGCUGGUACAAGCCUCGUUGUUGCCCGCCGAGCCAGUUUGCGCUAUGGUGCCUUUCUCGGUGACCUCGUGGUGCACGGUUCCCUCGACACCUUUAGCCCUUUAUCCUACCAAGACUUCAGUUUUGAAGCGGGCAGCACCGUCAAGCUCCUUCCAACCGAGCCCACCACAUAUCACUUUUCACAGCGCUCCUACAAUGACCUUGAGCUGUACUCUGCCACCUUGUACGCCAACAACCUCUCAACCCUGAUUUUUGACAACAUCUACAGCAGUGAUAGCUUCAGCACCUUUGAUAUGGUGGCUGACGGCGCUCGCAUUGAGCUUCACGGCGACGCUCCCAUCUACGUUGACCAGGGCCUCAUCCUUGCCAAUGGCUCAACCCUCAUCUCCUAUGGGCCCUCCGUACGCCUCACCGGAGGUCAUCUUUUGUGCAGCGACGCCACCCUCACGGCCAACCAGUCCACCAACUUCUUCUUUGGUCCAAGCACGGGCUUUCUCAGUCCCACUUGUCGCGUCGAGGCCAACGUGUCCUUUGUUGGCUACUCGGGAGAUCUGAUCGUGCAGUCGUCCGUCUUUGAGCCCGAACGCAUCCUGGUCACGGGCGGUUCGCACAUGCUUGAUGCCUCGGCCAACCCUAGCCGUCUCAACAACUUGGAAAUGACGGGUGGUAUCCUCACCUUUGAUUCUUCCGUGGACCUGUCGUCUCUUCGCAACAUCAGUGCCCUCGGUGGCAGCUUAUACAUCAACCAACCCCUUGACCUGGACCUGCUCACCCUUUGCUAUCGUGGCAGCACCAACUGCGACGUGCGCCUCGGCAACGACAUGCAGGUGGACGUCUUCAUUUGGAACGGUGGCUACCUCAACGCCCAGCGCAACGACUACACGCUCAAGGUCCGCGACCAAGUACAUCCGGGCCCUGAGCCUAGAGGCAACCAGGUUUUCUUCACCAGUGACGGCAGUAUCACCUUCCCCUCCUCCUUCUUGAUCAACUACGGCCGCGUCGAGUUCACGCCGCAGUACAAACAGUCCUACCUCAGCUUUUACGGUGGCUUUCACAGCACCGGAUCGGGUAGCCUCAUUGUCAAUGGCGGCACUCUUCGCCUUUAUGGUGCGGUCGAACUUGACAGCGCCGUGUUUGUGGCGGAAGAGGCCACCCUCUCAUUUGAGUCCUGGAGUUACUGCUCCUCUGCCGACUGCGGCUACCUCAAGUACCUCACGAGCAACAGCACCAUUAACGGCUCCGGUAUCAUCAACAUCAAUGACAACUUGCCAAUUGAUGUGGCUAGCAGCUACUUUAGCCCCAACCUGCAGCUCAACAUUCAAUCGGGUGGCCUCAACUUCCGUCUCCGCCGUGAGACCGCCUUUACCGAAGACAUUAUCCUCUCUUCUGGCACCAUCGUCUUUGAGGGCGCGGACGUGACCAUCCGAUACCUGGAGCUGAAUGGCGGUCGCGUCACCUUCCGCAACAAUGCUCAUAUUGAGGGUCUCAUUCAUCAGAAUGGCUACCUCGAGCCGCAGAAGAACCUGAGCAUCACCGACGCUCGUUGGCUUGGGGGAUAUUGGGAAGGUGUGCGUACCAACUCGGUCAUCGUCGGCAACGCCACCUUGUGCGGUUCGAGCACGCACUACCUCACCAACCUGCGCUUUGAGAUCAAUGACCUGGCUGAUUGGGCCGGCUCGGGCGGUAUCUACCUGCAGGGCAACGCGCAGAUGCACAUCGCCGAGAGUGCGCAAAUGACCGUUCGCAACGGCGGCCUGACCCUUUCAGGCAGCUCGCGCACCAUUGGUUUUGUGAAUGACGGCACCGUCUACAUCUCGCCCGCCGAGCUUGAGGGCGCCACCGUCACCUUCUCAUGCGGCGUCCUCUCGCGUGGUGACAUUGGACUCUACGGCGGCACCUGGGCCGUCUCCUCCCUUCUGCUGGAAGGCAACCUGGGCACGGCUACUGGUGCCGUCCUUCGCGUACAGGGUGCUUGGCAUUGGUCCAAGUCCUCCCGCGUGCUUGGUAUUACCGGUCAGGGUCUCGGUGACAUUUAUCUGCUGUCCAACGGCAACAUUAACAGCCAGGCCGUUCGCGCCCGCAGCAUCACCGUCUCUGCUGGUGUGGUUGUGGCCAACGGCGUCUCGCGCUUUGAAGCUGUCGAAGCCGCCAUCACCAGCGGUUACCUCUCCCUUCUGACUGAAGCGGGCGUCGCUUCCAUCCAAAGCCUGUCCAUCAGCGGCUCGGCCGUUGUUCGUAUCACCGAGGCACUGGACUUGGACACCCUCACCCUUCAGGACUCGGCCGAUCUCAUGGUUGAGCAGAGUCUUCGCGUGGGCAGUGAUUUUAGCUGGGUGUCUGGUGACAUCAUGGGCACCGGCGUUGUCGAGGCCCUCGGCACAGUUAUCCUAUCCGGCAGCUCCUACACCCUCUCGGGUGUUCAGCUCAACGCCAACGCCGGCUUUCGGGUGACCAGCUCAGGAUCCCUUUCCCUCACCAACGCCGCUCGCCUCAACACGGCGGCCGGGUCCUCAUCCAGUAUGGCCACUAAUUCCUUUUCCGUAUCUGGCAGCGGUUCUUGGUAUCACCUUGGUUCGCUGGAUCUCGGCGUGGCGCAGUAUUCCGGCAGCGAUUCCAUCUCCAUCAACACUAAUCUCGUGGUGGCUGGAUCGGUUCACGUUACGUCGGGUACCCUCGUCAUGUCCGGGUUUACUUCCAUCUCUGGCGCCAUCACCGUCGAGGAAGACGCCGAGCUACGUGCCACCAACGAUAUCUCCUUCCUGCCUUCCUCUUCUGUUGAGGGAUCGGGCGACGUCGUGUUCACCGGGUCGUCGGUUGACGCCGUGGUCAGCGCACGUGUCUUCAGCGUGGCCAACCUCAAAGUCCAAAGCUCGGCCAAGGCCAGCGUGAGCUUUGAUGGUGACAUUGCCUUCCAGGAGGUGGCCGUUGAAAACAGCGCGUACUUGACGGUCGAGGUGGACUCGCUCACGACAUCCCACCUCUCCAUCUCCUCGGGCUACGCACAGUUGUAUGUCAAAAACUUCACGACGACACGCGCCACCAUCGCCAACAAUGGCCAUUUACAGCUGUACGGCGAGGGCCACAUCCUCUCAGAUCUAGACUAUCAGUCUGGCUACAUUGAGGGCGAGCAGGGCCUGCUCACCGUUUACGACCCGAUGGUGCAGCUCACCUCAACCUCCUCCAGCUAUUACCUGCGCCGAGCCCUUCGCACGACCGGGACGUGGAUCAUUUCCACUGACAACGUCUACGUUGAGGGCGACACCAGUUGGGUCAGCGAGGGUACGGUGAUCAUAGACCACGACGCCAACGUGCGUAUCUCCGGUGCGGGCUACAUUGCCAACAAUGGCAUGCUGCGCGUGUCCAGCUCCACGUGCGUUGAUGUGACCCUGCCUUUUGUGACCAUGGGGCCGGACGCCGCCAUGCUCUUGGCUUGCGGUACCGUUGCCGUGGGUCGCCUCACCACUAGCCCAACGUGCAACAUCACAGUCCUCAGCGGUGCCACCCUUGCCGUCUUGGAUGACGCCACCAUCGAAUCCCCUUUGAUGGGCGGCGGUGACCUCGAAGUGCGCUCGGGUACGACCACGCUCCGCGAGGGCGUGGCCCAUCAGAUUGAGCGCAUGCGCACCACGAGCUCCAAUGCGGUUCUGGACAUCCAAGAUACCGACUCGCUAGAGGGCUUGCGGGAGCUUGUUGCCACGAACGGUGCCAUUCAAGUGCAUGGUACCACUCCUCUGCAGCUGCGCCAGGCUACGGUCUUCAGCGGUACUCUGUCGUUUGCCGUACCCUUCAACACCAGCAGCCUGAUCGUACGCGGCGGUGGUGUCGUGCGUCUGGCUCAUGUCAGCGCCCAGGCCAACCAAAUCACCUGGUCAUCAGGUACCAUCAGUGGCCACGGUGAUGUUUCACUCGAGGUCGCCAACGGCGUGUCGCUCAACACCACUUCGUCGCAUUAUCUGCGUGGCGUACGCUUGAUCGUGCACGGACUCGUCGACGUGGAUGCCGAUGACAACGAACUCAAUCUGUACAUUUACACGGACGCCAUUUUUUAUGCGCAUGGUGGUCUCUUUGUGGAGAGCGGCUUUUCCGUGAGCACCGAGAACGCCAAUGCUUUUGUGGUGAACAAGUCCAUCGAAUUCAAUCCCGUGGACACUAGGAGCAUCAUGCGCUUCUACUGCCCCACCGUCCUCGGCCCCGACACCCAGGUCACCCUCUAUGGUGACUGGGUCAUCGUUGGUGCCCUCAUCGUGGGUGAAAACACCGUUUUCAAUGUGCAGGAGACAGCGCUCCUAAACAUCACAAACCGCGUCCAAGCGGACGCUUCUGUCGUCUUCAACGGCCAUGGCGUCGUCUUCAGCGGAAGCGGCGAUUUUCAACUCCCCACCGGCAGCCUCAUCAACACCACCAACCUGUACAUCGACAAGACUAACGGUGACACGGUUCUCAUUGGCGACAACGUGCGCAGCCGCGUCAUCCUGCGCCAGGGCCGGGCACUCCUAUUGCCCGAGUUUUUGGCACACGAGGAUGCCGAGUUUGUGUAUGAUCAGGAUUCGUACUACGCCUACUACUACCUGGGCGGCCCUGCACGCGUGGAUCGCGACUUUGAGCUCCAAGGCAAUGAUCGUCUCUACGCCCUAUUCCCCGUCGAAUUCACCAAAGAUUUCUCGGGCCACGGCGGUCAGCUUUGGAUGCAAGGCAGCGGCUCGCUGACGUUCAACAAUCUGCGCAGCUGGUCCACUGGCUCGUUUGAAAUUUAUGGUCCGGGCCGCGCAACCGUCAAUGGUCUUUUGGAUGUACGUGGUUCUACGCUGGAUCUUGAGUACAGCCAGUACGCGGCACAACUUGUGACGUACGGCACCACCAUCUUUGAGGGGAGCCUGGCGCUGGACACAUACCGCCACUACAUCAAUUACGGCACGUUGCUAUUGAGCGACGAUACGAACAUUGGGCUGGACAACAUGAUGAACUUUGGUAAUAUUACUGUCACCGGCGGUGAGAUGCAGGUCAAUUCGUUUUUCAACGGCGGAAGUCUCACCUUUGAGAACGACGGCAGCUUGUACCUCAUGAGCUCCGCUGUGGGCUGUGAGGAGCCGUGUGAUUUGUGGAGCAACGUGUCGCUGCGCCUCGGCUCAGACGCACUGAUCUACAAUUCAACGGCGGGCGUUUAUCAUCUGCCUUUUGCCGACCAGUCGGUCACACACUACAAGUACAUCUCCUUCUCGAGCACCCUCGAAAUCUUAGCUUCACAAGAUCCCAAUGCUGUUCUAUGCAUCGACGACUUAUACUUUGGAGCGUACUGGGGCAAUACGCUGCGCACAGCCAUGCCCGUGUACGUGCAUCGUGCUCUGACCUACCGCAGCUCGGCAUCCUAUUACUUCCAGUUGCUGGGCGUCAAUGCCACGGUGUAUUCGCCCGCUGAUAACGUGGUCAUCAAUAGCCAGAGCACCGGGUUCUUGACCGUGAUUGACCAGGAAAAUGACACUUGCGCUGAUUAUGGCUCCUGUGCUUCGUGUGCGGCACGUCCAGAAUGUGGUUGGGACACCUUCUCCAACAUUUGUCGUUCAGGCAGCGUUGAGGGCCCCGCGGAGGGCGUCGCGUGUGGCUGGACUUAUUCUGACAGCGAGUGUCCGCUUGCGUGCUCGGCCCACACGAGUAUGGGUGAUUGCACGACCGCCGAUGCAGCCUGCAUGUGGUGCGAGAUUGAUGAUACCUGCCAGGAUCGUCAUGUCAGUGCCUGCAGCUCUGGGGCCAACUUGGUCUGGACCGGCGCUGCUGGCAACACGGACUUUGAGAAUCCCGAGAACUGGAGCCCCCAGGAGGUGCCCGGCGCCAAUCACGACCUCCUCAUCAACGCCAAUCAACCCAUCACCAUUUCGACCGACUCAUCUUCGACGCCGCUGCAGCUGCGCUCGAUCCAAGUGGUGGGCCAUCAUGGGCAGAUUUCAUUCAAUCUGUAUCGCUCGCUCGUCAUCUCUGGCAAUGCGCACUUUGGCAGUAACGUUCGCGUUUACAUGUCUAAUUACGGUGCCCUGGAUGUGGAUGGCAAGACCACGAUUUUGGGCGAGCUGCAGGGCUACGCCAAUUUUGGUGGCGCCGGCACCGAUGCUUACGUACACACCGUCAGCGACGCGACGGCUGCAUUCACCCUGGACGCCAACAAGGUUGUUCACGUCAACUCUUCGGCAGUCUGGCGCGGCAAUUACGGCUCGCACUCCAUUGCAGCCGGCGCGGAGCUGCGGUUCACGGGUGCUUCCCACUCCUUUGUGGCCGGACACUCCUUCAAUGGGGAUGGUAGCGUGGUCUUUGAGGGUGCGGUCACCAUCUCGCUGCCCGCCGAUACCCACUCAAUUAGCUUCUCGAGCACUGUUGUUUUCCUGAAGGACGUGCUGAUUCAUCAGGGCCUGCUCUCCCUGGAUUCGAGGACCGCCGCCUCUCACGUGAACGGCAACAUCACGCUUGCAACCCGCGCAGCGUGGUUGCGUCUCCGUUAUUCCAAUCACAUCCUCGCGAGAGGCAUUUCCGGCGAUGGCAUUGUGCGUGUGGAGAAUGCAGCCAACAUUACCAUCGGUUCGGGUCUAUCCUUCGGUGUGUCCUUGCUCCAUGUGGACGAUUCCAACUCACACGUGACCCUGGACGCGGUGCAGUUGGCGGGCGUGAGCGAGAUUCGUACCACCAGCUCAGGAACCAUCGAGGUGCGCAGCCAAGCAGAACCCUAUGAACUUCGCCACAUCGACGUGUCGGGUGUCAUGAUCUUCAAUUCGCCCGUGGUCAUCACCGAGCGUUUCCUCCUCUCCAGCGGUACCAUCACAGGCAAUGGCGACGUGACAGUGCGUGCAAGGGACGUGCGCUUGAGCACAGCGACUUUUAGUGCCGGCAGCAACGGCGUACGCCAGGUCGUGUUCGAAACCCCCGUGGACUGGCACAACUCUGGCCUCUACUUGUACAGCACAAAUGCCACCUUUAUGAGCGAGGUGGAGAUGACCACCCCGACUUUGUGCGUCGACGCCGACAGCGCCAUGUUCUUCCUGGCCAAGGCUCGCGUGCAGGACUACAUGGCCACGAGCUCAUCCAGCUCGUGCCGUCAGGGUAAGGUCGUCUUUGAGGAUGAAGUUCUCUUCGAUUAUCCAAGUACAAUGUACAUGAACCUGCAAGUCGAGAUCAAUGGCCAUGCCACUCUGGUCACGGGCACUCUCCAGACCAGCCAUUUCACGCUGCACGGACAACUCGAGAUUGGAGAGGAGGCCACUUUGUACGUCGCGGAAGGCGCAACCUUUGCGUCCAGCUCCGAUGUGAUUGGUAAGGGCCGCCUGUAUUUGGCUGGCGACACCGAAUUGCACGGUAAUGUAAGCGUGCGAGCACUGCAUUUUGUCGAUCCGGUGCGCGCCCACUCCGGCUCGGUCAUUAAAACAGAGACCUUGACCUCAGACAUGAGCUCGGGCGAGACGGCGUACUUUGAGGGCAUUUUGCAGGUCGAUUACCUCUAUUUCUACUCGUACGGCGACAUUUACUUUGACCAAAGCACGUUGGACUGGAAGGCUUUGUCGUUGAGCUACUACGUGCAUCUGCACGUGCCUGGUGCGAUCACCAUUCAUGACCAGCUCGCCUGGAAUGGCGGCACCAUUGACAUGGAAGGAACGGGCAGCGUGGAGGUGCUGGGCAGCGUGGAGGUGACUUCUUAUCGCGCGCUCUACAUCCGUGGCGGCAACAUGACCUACCACGGCGCAGUCGUCUAUGAUACCAGUUACACAACAUACCUGUACGAUGAAGCUUGGUUGCACAUUGCCGAGGGUGCGACCAUGUCCUGCACCGUGAGUUGCAGCUUUAGCAGCGGUGACUUGCGCAUCUCGGGUGACUGGUCGGUGGCCAACACGGGCAGCUUCAGCGUGUCCUCCAACGUGACUCUCGAAAGCACGGGCUCAAUCUACGCGAGCAAUGCCCAGGUGACCUUUUAUGACCGCUUCAUUGCGGAUGGUCGCAUGACCACGGAUCGCAACGGUCAGCUCAACUUUGCCGGCAUCCAGGAGGUGACCCUCAAUCCCUCAAGUCGUGUGGAUGGUCAAGUCUCCGUGGUGGCUUCGUACUCGUACAGCGACGUCCAAGCCAACGUCACGUUCAACACGACCAACCUGAGCUUUGACUCCUUCACCUGCAGCGGCUCUUCUUCCGUACGUUAUCCUCGCUAUAUCCACUUUCCCAAUAUGGCAAGCAAUCACCUGCGAGAAGUCAGUCUGACGGGCGGCAGCUGUGCGCUUGAGCUCCCCGCGAACACCGCCAUCGCGAUUGAGAAGGCGGACGUGCGAAAUGGUCUUCUAUCUGUGCCUGCCACUACAGUGGCCACCAUCACCGAGCUUUAUCUCUAUAACCAGCUGGUCGGAUCGGGUCGGAUCGUGACUGAGCAGCUCGUGGUCCUGGGCUAUUCAAUCACCCUGGAGGGGCUUUCUGUGGAAGCACGCCGUGUGAACAUUAGCGCCUCUUACGUGUACAUGCGUGGUGGUGCCCGUCUGCAGGUCCAGGACUUUGCCAUCUGGACUGGCACCUCGGCCUACCUGUACAUGUAUGACAGCUCUCUUUUCCACGUGCGGUCGGGUGCCACCUUUGCUGUGUACAGUGACCUGAGCGCGAACCGACAGUCGGGCGACCCGCGCCUGGUAUUUGAUGGCGAAGUGAUUGUGUACAAUCGCUACUCCAUUUCGGCAUUUACAUAUGUUACCAACCAAGUCACGAUUGUUGCGGGUGCCUACCUUUCGCUGGGCCAAAGCCAAAUCAGCGGCCAGAUUGUGGCCGCAGAUCCUUCACUGAGUACGUGGCGAUGCUCCAGCACGUGUACCGUGACUGCAUUGGGCCAGCUGAAGAGCGGCACAGUGACGGUCUCAGGCACCUUGACGGCAUACGCUCGUUCGCUGUCACUGCAUACCGUGUCCAUCACGGGUACUCUGCAUGUGCUGCGGCCCGUGGCUGACGACAACACGACCGGCACGCCUACCAUCGCCAACUCAAUCACGUUGCAAUCGAGCGGUCGCCUCGAGCUGGACACGGACGUGACGGUGCCACGCCUGAGCCAGCAGUCAACCUCAACCUACGUGGCGCUACAAUACCGCACGCAACUCUUUGUGCCGAUUCGCUACGACUUUCAAUCGGGCCGGGUGACGGGUACUGGAAAUGCGCGUGUGCUCUCUGCGGCCAAGACGAUUUUCCGAUCUGGUUCAAGCAAGUAUAUCCAGAAUGUGGCCUUUACGGCCCAGGGCACGAGCACCUGGACACAGGGCUACCUUUACCUACAAUCAGGUGGUACUCUGACGGUGCCGAGCGGCUCAACGUUUGUGGCCACCUCCGACUCGAGUAUGUCUGGUUCGGGUUCGUUUGUGGUGCAAGGCACGCUGUCGGUGGAGAACUGCAUUGCCAGCGCUGUCUUUGACGUGCCGAUGAACAUUUCGGGCACCAUCACGACGGCAGGCUCCAUUGCCUUCCGGGGCGACACUACUGUGGCAGCCUCGGGUAUCAUCCAGAUGACCAGCGUGGCUUCAUACGUCCAGGCCGCCAGCAAUCAGCUCAUUCUGCAAGAUGCGGCCAGCAUCCGGGGCCAAGGUCGCGUGGAGGUGUCAUCGGGUCUGUUGGUGUUGGCGUCGGGCGUCCUUAAUGUGCCCUUGGAUCUGACUUCUUCGUCGGCGCGCGUCGAGGUCUUGGAGGGCGGCAAUGCUACUUUGGCCAAGGUGUUCAACUUUGAGGCCGGCUUCUUGCAAGGCAAGGGUCUGCUUUACGCUGCGAACAUUGUGCACUGGGAGUCGGGAACCAUCAACUCCGUGCUGGUGAUUCAGCGCAGCAUGCUGCUGGACUCGGCAAACCAGAAAACCGUCUCCAACUAUGGCGCGCUGUCUGUCGAUGAUGGUGCCACGUUGCAGCUCAGCGCCGGUACCCUCUACCUCUACUACGGCAAGGUGGUGGUUCAGAACGGCGGCACCUUUGUGGUGGACCCAGUGGGUGCGACGAGCAUCAGUCAAUAUUCCUCGGGCUCGCUCUUCAACGCAGGCACGCUGGCCAUCUAUGCAAGCAGUGACGUCUUUUCGUUGGCCGGCCUGCGCAAUGCUGGUUAUUUGUACAUUAUGCGAGGCACCACGCAACUGGCGUCGGGCACCAUCUUCGAGUCGAGCUCCGAGGUACGGGGCAACGGCAACUUGACGACAAGCAGCGACGUGCAGCUCAAUGGCCUGAUGUAUCUUGGUGCCCCCGGUGGCUUUUAUUGCGAGAAUUGCAAUCUGUACACGACCACGUACGGCAUCAUCACGGGCCAGUUUUACGCCAACGAACCCUACUUUGGCCGAAACAACGACAACUGUGAGACGAGUUGGGCCAGCAGCCGUGGUGUUUUGUCCCAACCCUGCCUGCAGGCAUCGUUGCGCCUGCACGGUAAUGCUUACGUCACCUGCUCCUCCCGCUCGCGCUCGUGCCACAUUGACCAGGGCAUGUCGGUUACGAUUGAGGGGACGAUGCACACGACUGGGGGUCGCUUUGCCGUGGACAGCCCUGUGCGAGUGACCGGCAAUUUGCUGACCAACAACACUCGCUUUGAGCGCUAUUACUCAAGCUCGUCCACCAUUGACGUGGAGCAUGACUUGUGUAUUGGUGGCAGCGACAACAUGCAGUACUUCUACUUGCCCGUUCACAUUGCAGGCGGCACAGUGCGCGUGUUCAAUGCCACGCGCUUUAGCUGCCUAUCGCAAGACGGCGGCCGCUUGCACCUGGUUGGCGCCAGCGUCGACGUCACAUAUGAUGGCGCUUGCUCUGCAUAUGUCAACGAGGGCGGUGAAAUUUCUGGCUUUGGACAAAUUGAGGCUGAUCUCUUGUCCUGCCGCUCGUGCCUGCUGAAUGCGGCGGAUGGCGGCAUUGCAGUGCAGGGUGACGCGGACUUGUUGGGCGCCACGCUGGUGACGCGCCUGGCGCCGCAGCAGGCUCGCAACAUGUUCAACGUGUCGGGGCACCUGACCAUCAACUCGACCCGGGCCAACGCGGUGCCGUUUGUGUUCUACAAUGAUAACAGCGGCGCUUUUGACCUGGAUGCCGACGUGUUUGCGACCGUGGGUACAAACGAGGCAGUCGCGGUCCUCAACCCCACCACCAGCUCAGUUCAGACGCAACUGACCUAUGCCGAGGUGACUGUUCGUUAUUAA